AUGAACGGGACUAUCGAAAAGGUCGUCUAUCUCUCCUCCCUUGCCGUGGGAUCUUGGGUAGCCAAGAGACUCCUGGACGAAUAUGGCGAACUCCCGCUGCAUCUGCUCUGCUCCAGCAUCGAAGUUCAUUCCUACGAUGAGGCCUACAAUUACCUCCUCUACUGGCUCAUGAAGCAGAAGUUUGACGCGGACAAGAACCGCUUGAUGGCGAUAACAUCGCUUACGAGCGGUCAGGGGGGCUUCUUCGGUGAAGACAACAAGGACAACGAUGGGCCGGAGGAGGACGAACUUGAGGUCCAAGCCGACGCGGAGUACAAGGCCUCACUGGCGAAUACCCGUCCAUUGCUCUGGGCUCCCUCAGCAGGAACACACUGGUUCCGGUACCGGGGUCGGUAUCUCGCGCUCACCCGGGAGGUGGAGGAACAUAGGCAAACGGUGUACAUGCGGACGGAGAAGCUACGCAUCUCCUGCUUUGGGCGCGAUCCAUCCAUCCUGAAAGAGUUGAUGCAGGAUGCGCGGGUGGCCUUUUCGCAAAAGGAAAAGGGAAGGACAGUCAUCUACCGCGGCGUCAAGCAGAUAUUCGACGGCGAGCUGGCCUGGAAGCGGUCGACUUCCCGCCCCGCGCGACCAUUGUCGACAGUCAUUCUGGACGAAGCUGUCAAGCAGGCCUUCCUGGAAGACAUACAGCACUAUCUGCACCCCAGUACGAUGCGCUGGUACAGCGACCGGGGCAUUCCCUAUCGACGGGGAUAUCUGUUCUAUGGCCCCCCGGGCACCGGGAAAUCCAGUCUCGCCUUCGCCGCGGCAGGGUUCCUUGGCUUGAAUGUGUACAUGAUCAACCUGAACUCGCAGCAGCUCACAGAAGACAACUUGACGCAGCUGUUUCUUACGCUUCCGAGGCGAUGUCUGGUGCUGUUGGAAGAUAUCGACGCUAAUGAAGUGACUGGGCGCCGCAAGCCAGAUGCACCGCGCCGGAAGGGGAAGAACGGGAUCUCUCUCUCGUCGUUACUGAACAUCAUUGAUGGCGUCGCGGCUCAGGAGGGCCGGGUGCUGAUCAUGACGACCAAUCACCAUGAACACCUCGAUCCAGCGCUCAUUCGACCUGGACGGGUAGACUACCGGCUUGAGUUUCGGCUCGCCAGUCGAGAGCUCUGUGCGGCCAUGUUUCGGAAUAUUUUCCAGGUCUAUACGUCCGACGCUGAGGUGGGUGGUGCACAGAUUGCCUCGGUUACGGAAAAGUCGACACAGGGGAGCCUCCAUGAUGCUCUGGGUGACCGAUCGACGAAAGAAGGGUCUGGAGCGAUUGACCUCCACGAACUCGCCAAAUCAUUUGCCGGGAAGAUUCCGCCUUGCACCUUUUCUCCUGCUGAAGUUCAGGGAUAUCUGCUGCGGUAUCGGGAUUCACCACAGGAUGCCGUAGCCGGCGUUGAAACAUGGAUUGAGACGUCGCUGGCGGAGAAGGCAUCUGGAGAGCAUGAGCCUGGUGAUAAAGAACCUGAAGCUGGAGCGAGUGAGCCGACUGAAGAUGAGGAUGAGUCUGAGGAGGAGAAUGAGGAUCCAGAUAAAGAGCCGUCUCCUUGA